AUGGCCGAGAACAUUACAACGAAGAGUAGAACUUGGCUUUAUCCAAGAUUUGUGCAAAUGUUGAUAGAUCACGCUUAUUCUGAUAUUGAAAGAGAUGUAAACAAUGAUUUGUUGGUAUUAUCUCACAUGAGCAAUGGUUCGUUGAAGCUGCUAGCUAGAUAUCAUCCGAAUCAUCCUGAACCGAAGAAGAUAGCUGAAUUUUUCGGAUUCAUCAAGGAUGUGAACUAUGUUGAUCCAGAUCCAGUGAAUCACCAAAACUGGAGGAAUGAAGAGGAGAUGAAAGAAGCUGCGUAUGCUGAUGAGAAGAGAGGCGAGAAAGCUACUCCAAAAGCACAAAAGGGAGAGGGUUCGUCUUCACAGCCUAAGAAACGUCAAAAGAAAGUUGCAAAGACUUUACUUAUUGAUGAACCUGAUGUGGAAGAACCAGUACCAAUAGCUGAGGUUGAAGUUGAACAUGAUGUUGAAGCUGAAGCUGAGACUGAAGCAGAACCUAAUAUUGAAGUUGAUGUUCAUUUAUCGCCUAAUUCUAAGAGUUUGCUGAAGAAACUUAAGGCGUUUAAUGCACAGAAAGACAAAGCAGAUGUUGAUGCUCAGAAAGGAAAAGUUGCUGAUGAUAUAGAAGGUGAUGACGUGAACAAAAGUACAACAAGUUCUUCUAGUUCUUCUGAAGAUGAAAUAGAUGAGGUAGAACAACCGAGUAAACCACCAUCACCACCACCUGAACCGAUACCACAUCAAUCACCUAUUCAUUCACCACUUCAUCAAUCACCUCCAAAACAACCAACACCACCAAGACAACCAUCACCAUUACAUCUUUCACCACUUCAUUCACCACAACAAAUUCAUACUAUUACACCACCACAAGAACAAACCUUACUCACAUCUCAACAAAUCUUUCAAACACCACCACCUUCACAACCUAUUGUUCAAACAACACCGGGUUCUUCGGGGUACAAAGGUUUUCCAACAGUUCCUUCGAACUUGAGUAUUGGUCUUGAAGAUAUUGGAGACUUUGAUUUUGCAAAUACGGCACAAGUGAAGAGUGUUGAAAAGAAAGUUGAUGAUGUGACGAAUGAAAACAAAAGAUUGGCAGUUGAAAACAAAAGAGUGGCUGAUCGUGAAAAGAUUCUCGAAAUGCGUGUAAAGAAGUUAGAAUCUGAAAACAAGUCUUUAUUGAAGAAGAUAGAUACAGAUCAUUUUGAAAUUGAUGUCUUGAAGAACAAAGAACUUGAAGCUGCGAAGGCGUUGAAGGAACAUGAAUUUUAUAUGAUGAACAAAGUGAUAGAAAGUAUGCUCGGGAAGUCGAUAGAGCAAAGAUUUGAAGAAAUUCAAGUUGAAGAAGUCAGGGCUAAACGCCAAGCUGAAAUUGAAGCUCUAAUGAGAGAUAAAGCCGUAUCUGCUGUUUUUGAUGAAGACGUAUUAAUUAAAGAUCUGGGUAAUGAUGAUGAGGAAGUGGAGGAUGAUAGUGAAGAGGAUGAUGAUGAAGAGAAUGACGAUGAAGAGGAUGAUAAAGAAGAAAAAGUUUUUUCUGCGAGUAGUCAUGGUUCUGAUGAUGACAAUGAUGACGAUGACAAUCAGGGUGGUACAGGAGUUACUGUGACUGAAGCUUCAAAAGAACAAAAUGUUGAUGAUUUAAUGAAUGAUGAUGCGAAUGAAGUUUCAGGGGAGGCUGAUGGAGAGGGGGAGCAUGUUGAUGAUCAAAACGUUGAUCAAGUUGAAAAGUUGAUUCUUCGAAUAGAGCCUCAUGUUGAAGAAGGUGAGAUCAGGCAUACUUACACAUUGGAUGAAGUCCUUAAGAUGUUCAAUGUGAAUGAAGAUGAAUUUAAUUUUGAUUUCGAAGAAGAACUGAAUGCUUUUGACAUCAAUCAUCAACCUGAAUAUGAGUACAAAUAUGUUGAAGAUGCAGAUGUGUAUGACAGAGUUGAGGUUUAA